AUGGCUCCUCCGCUCUUACAAUUCAUGUUCGCAUCAUUACCAGACCACUGUGAACCGACCUCUCCUUUUCUGACCGCUAUCUCCUCCCACCUCCACAUUUGCCUCCCCACUCCUCUCGCCCUAGUCUCCACUACACUUGGAACACUCAGUAUUGUCUCAUGGCUCUUUGCCCAGAUGCCCCAGAUCUAUAAGAACUACCAAGUGCAAUCAACAUCAGGGCUAUCUCUGUUUUUCCUGGUCAUUUGGUGUUUAGGGGAUGUCAGCAAUCUUCUCGGAGCACAUUUCACCCGACAGGCGGGGUGGCAAGUCGUGGUCGCCUGCUACUAUGUCUUUGUUGAUCUAACUCUCGUGAUCCAGUAUUUCUGGUACACACACUACAAAGCCCGCCGGUACGAGGGGUAUAACAACCUAUCUCACUUGUCUGACCCGGACGCCCGGUGUGGUGUUCUGCAGGGCGUGCCGUUAUCAGACGACAAUUCGACCUACCAGCGACCGGCACCGGUGGAUAUGACAAAGAAUACUGAUGCCAAGGACAUUGGUGACCAAAGCCAAUCAACGUCCCACUCUCCUGGGCAUUUAGCCUCAUAUUCUAACGAGAAGGUGACUUCUUCACGGCGCAUGGUGCGCAUUGGCACUAGUGCCAGUAGUCCGCCACUUGCCCUUCCACGAACCAUGCUCAUGGCCUCAUUGUUAUGUGCUGUCUUGGCAAAUGCUGCACCCACAGAAGCUCCCCCAUCUCACCCGCCCAUCAGCCACGUGUCUCGCGAGGUUAUUCUUGAGAUUGUGGGCCGCAUCUUUUCCUGGAUGUCCACUCUCCUCUAUCUGGGCUCGCGGCCACCUCAGCUCUACAAGAACUACCAGCGCAAGAGCACAGAAGGUCUCUCCCCGCUUCUGUUCAUGGCCGCCUUUUGCGGUAACCUAUUUUACUCCGCCUCGUUGGUCACAAACCCGAAUGCCUGGUCUGACAUGUCACCAUAUGGCGGCGGCGGAUGGGCCGACAGCCAUGGUAAUGAUCGCUGGGAGUGGAUCGGCCGUUCCGUCCCUUUCUUCCUGGGCGCAUUUGGUGUCCUUGGCUUAGACGGAUUUAUGGGAGUCCAGUUCCUCAUGUAUGGCUCCCCGGAUGAAGAAGAUGUCAGUAUCGAAGGCGACGACAGUGAUUCCAAACACGGCCAUACCCACUGGAAACGUGUACACGGCUGGAUGCGUGGCUGGAUUCCAUCUACUACACCUUAUGAGCGCGUUACUCCAGAGAGCCAGGCUCUUCUUGGCGCAGAGCAGGGCCGAUAUGGUACCGUCUAA